AUGGCCUUGAAGCAUUUAGAACAAACCACCCAGUUAAUCCAGGUAGAUGGAGUAAACCGCUAUGAAGUGCCUUUGUUGCGAGACAACAGCGGUACCAGAUUUAAAGCUGGUGUUGAAUCAGGCCAGAAUUUAAAUAAGCACCUGCUGGCGGGACCAAACCUAGGUUCAUCAUUACUGGGCGUAAUUCUGAGAUUUCGUCAACAUGAAGUAGCCAUAUCUGGUGAUAUUAAAGCUAUGUUCCAUCAAGUGCGUGUAAAGCCUGGUGACCAAUCUUUGUUCCGAUUCAUCUGGAGAAACUGUGAUGAAACUCAGUCACCUACUAUUUAUCAAUGGCUGUCACUAUUGUUUGGAUCUACCUGUAGCCCCUGUUGUGUGACGUAUCCACUUCAGAAACUGGCUAUCGAGAACAGUGAACAGUAUCCAGAGGUUAGAAGAUCAGUUAUGGAGGCAUUUUAUGUGGAUAACUGUUUGGACAGUGUAAAGACAGCCGUGGAAGCUAAGACACUAAUCCAUGCCAUAAGAAGAUUACUGAACACUGCCGGGUUUAAUAUUAGACAGUGGGCCAGCAACAAACGAGAGGCUUUGGUCGGAUUGCCUGAAGAAGCACUCUCGGAGAACAGCAUACUAGAGUUCAAACAAGAUGUUACCGAAGCAGAACCCAUGUUGGGUAUGCGCUGGGAUACAGGAUCUGACCUUCUGACGUACCAACAAAACCAUGACCAUCAAGAGGCUAUCACCAUGCGUUAUAUAUACCGUACAUUAGCACGACAAUAUGACCCUAUUGGCUUUUUAGUACCCUUUCUUGUUAGAGGCAAGCUGAUAGAUGCCACAUACCAGUUACACGUGUUCUGUGAUUCAUCCAAAAAAGCCUAUGGAGCAGUCAGCUAUCUUCGUGGAGAGCGUGAUGGUAAGGUAGAGACGGCAUUUGUGAUUGCAAAAUCCAAGGUAGCCCCACGAAAGCAAUUAAGCAUGCCAAGAUUAGAGCUAUGUGCUGCACUGAUUGGAGCAAAACUUAUCGACUUUCUUGUAAACACCUUGACAAUUCCUGUAAGCGGAAAGCAUCUAUGGAGCGACUCAACUACAGUACUUACAUGGAUCACAUCAGAAACCUGUAGGUUUUCGUUGGAACUAGAGUUGCAGAGAUUUUGCACUUAA